AUGACCAUCUUAAUUGAGGAGCCUGUCAUGCUAGUGGAUGAAGCUUCCACUCAAGAAGUUCCUUCAGAUGUUAGUCAACCAUCUCCUAUGCCUCAGCCUAAUGCACCAAGGCGUUCUAAUCAUGGAGAGUCCGAGAUAACGGCUCAAACUUUGAAGAAAAUGUUGACAUCUUCCAUUGUUGACUUUGGUGGCUCUCAGGACAAACACUUGCAUUUAGCGUAUUCAUUCCUAAGUACUCUCUUAUUGGCUUUGCUGAGCCUGUCAAAGGUUAGCUUUAGCCAGGAUUGUAGCGAUCAGACUCAAGAUUCAGAGACCAUCAUCGUCGAUCAGUCAGGCGAGGGACAGUUCACCACGGUGCAAGAAGCUAUCGACUCUGUGCCAGCAAAGAACAGCAUCUGGACUCACAUCUUGGUCAAGCCCGGCAUUUAUAAAGAAAAGGUUGUAAUACCCGCAAACAAGCCAUGUAUAGUCCUCGAAGGGAACUCAGCAAGUGACACUAUGAUUGAGUGGGGCGAUGGGGGUGAGGUUGAUGAAAGUGCUACCUUCACUCUCUCUGCGGAAAAUUUUAAAGCCAAGAAUAUAGGAUUCAAGAACUUAGGAAAGCAAGAGAAUAUGCAGGGAUGCAAGAUAAACGCAACCACGGAUAUUCUGGAUGGACUGCCGGGCUAUAUCACGGCUCAGGGCCGUAAUAGCGCGACAGGCGAUACCGGGUACAUCUUCAAGGAGUGUUCCGUGGAGGGGACGGGGACCGUCUACCUCGGAAGGGCGUAUAAGCAAUACUCAAGAGUUGUGUUUUACAAGUCAGAUCUCUCAAGCGUUGUGGUGCCAAAGGGAUGGAAUUCUUGGAGAUAUGCUGGUGAAGAGGGGUCAAUAACCUUCGUAGAAAACAAAUGCACCGGGGCUGGGGCAGACAGGUCCGAGCGAAUCAAGUGGGAAAAGACUCUGUCAAGUGAGGAGUUGGAUAAGUUGACCGAUGCCAACACAUUCAUAAAUCAAGAUGGGACCAUUGUUGUUGAUCAGUCGGGCCACGGACAAUUCACCACAGUGCAACAAGCCAUCGACUCUAUCCCGGCGAAGAACAACGUCUGGACUCGUAUUCUGGUCAAGCCUGGCAUUUAUAAAGAAAAGGUUGUGAUACCUGCAGACAAGCCAUGCAUAGUCCUUCAAGGGAGAACGGCAAGUGACACCGUGAUUGAGUGGGGCGACGGGGGUGAAGUUAAUAAAACUGCUACCUUCACGCUUUAUGCAGAAAAUUUUAAAGCCAAGAAUAUUAGAUUCGAGAAUACCUACAACUUAAAGACACCACAUGGAGAUCGAAAUUCGAUUAGGCAAGCCCCAGCAUUCCAAAUAACGUCGGACAAAGUCUCGUUCUAUCAAUGCGCAUUCAUCGGCGUGCAAGACACGCUAACGGACUUCCAAGGGCGUCACUAUUUCGAGUCCUGUUACAUUGAGGGCGCCGUUGAUUUCAUCUGGGGCAAUGGACAAUCCAUCUAUAAGGGAUGCACGAUAAAUGCAUCGACGGCUAUCCUAGGUGGAUUCACAGGUUAUAUCACGGCUCAGGGCCGCGAUAGCGCGACGGACACUACCGGGUACAUCUUCGAGCAGUGUUCCGUGGUGGGGACGGGGCCCGUCUACCUCGGGAGGGCUUAUAGGCAAUACUCAAGAGUUGUGUUUCACAAGACACAUCUCUCAAGCGUGGUUGUGCCAAAGGGAUGGGACCCCUGGACAUACGUUGGGCGAGAGUAA